AUGCGAGAAAGAUACCGACCGGCGGUGCUCUCGCUCUUGAUUGCAGCAGGUGUGCUCCUGCUCAUACACGGCUUGAUAGGGUACCCCAUCCUGACAAGCCGCUCUGGGACCGUGCAGCGCAGCCUGUUGAGUACGCUCGUCUCCAAGAACCUUUUGAACAACACUGGGGCGGCUGGUGACGAUGAGGAGCUCAGGGAGUGGCUUCGAGGGGCGCGCAGCCUGGGCAGGAGGGUGGUGCUGAGGUACAGCGCCUGCGGCGGGCUCAUCAACCAGCAGUACAGCCACUUGUCCGCCUUCAUCCUGGCCACAGCCCUGAGGGCAGAGGUGGUGCUACCGCCGGCCUGCUUCCGCAACUCCUUUGGCCUGCACUACGACAUGGACAUCAAGCGCAACAAGAUGGAGUGGUUCACCACGCCUGUGAAUACCCUGCUGGAUGUCCCUAGGACGCCCGGCUUGCAGCCCGCCCCCAACCUGACGCAGCCCUCCACGGCCUUCCCCGCCUUCAUUCAGCGUGACGUGGACCCCCGCCUCAUCCUGCGCCUGCCCGACGUGUACCUGGCCCGCAGCCCGCUGGCGGCGCUGGUGGCGCGCAGCCGCGCCACGCUGGCGCGGCACCUGCGCGACCUGGAUCCCGGCCUGGCUGCCUCCACCGACUACCUGGUGCUGGACUUGCCCUGCACCUUCUUCGCGCUGCGCACCGCGCGCAUCCCGGCCCUUGCCACGCGCGUGGCGGCGCUGCUCCCCUUCAAUGCCGCGCUGGAGGCGCUGGCGGCGCGCACGGUUGCGGCCAUGGCGGCCGCCGGCGUGCCCGCCUUCAACGGCGUGCACCUGCGCGUGGAGAAAGACGCGGGCGACUGGACCAUCAUCAUGGGCGGGGUGGGGCGCAUGUGGCACCUGUACACCCAGACCAUGCGCCGCGCGGGCCUGGAUGCGCGCACGCCGCUGUACGUCGCCACGGGCCUGCUCACCUACGGCGCCUCCAAGGAGUGGGCCUACGCGCAGCGCGUCCUGCUCAGCAAGGGCCUGGCCUCGCGCGUGGUCAUCAAGAACCAGUUUGUCCCCGCCUUCGAACUGGCGGAGCUCAACACAGAGCAGCAGGCGCUGCUGGACUUCCUGAUCCUGGCCCGCGCCGUGCGUUUCGUCGGCUUCGGCUCCUCCACCUUCUCCUACUACCUCACCCAGCACCGACGCAUGCGUGGACACGCGCAGGAGGCCAGCCUCCUGGUCGACGCCGCGCGCAUCGGCACCGACGCCAUGUUCGAGGCCGCGGCCGUCAUUACGCACCCGCCCCUCAUGCACGUCGUGCAGUGA